AUGACCGCGUCUGCAAACGGAAAGGUUCACGAAAAACACGAAAACGGUGGAUUCGUGAACGGGCAUGCCAAUGGGGAUGGAAUCGCCAGUAUCGAGACACCACAACCAAUUUACUACAAAGUUCCACAAAAUCUCGAAACGUUCGAGUUGACUCUCAGAAAACAUUUUGAGGAAAAAACGAAUCAGAAGUUCGCCGAUUACCGAGCGUUCCACCGUUUCACAUGCGACAACUACGGAAUCUUCUGGGAAGAACUGCUUAAAAUCUCGGAUGUCAAACUUCAUCAAGACUAUCAUCAGGUCAUCGAUCACAACAUGAAAAUCAACGAGAGACCAAAAUGGUUCAAUGGCGCCACUCUCAACUAUACGGAGAACGUCAUCGAGAGAGGAACAGCCACCGAUAUCGCAGUUUUGAAUGCUAGCAUUGAUGAAUCAGUGGUGGAUUACACCUAUGACCAGCUACGCAAAGAUGUCUAUCGCACUGCAACUUCUCUUCGCAACUACGGUAUCGGCCCAGGAGAUACUGUCUGUGGAUUUGUUCCAAACACCUAUGAUACCUUGGUCGCUGUUUUUGCCACUGCCGCUGUCGGAGCUGCGUGGUGCUCAGCAUCUGUUGAUUUUGGACCAGCUGGAGUUCUUGACAGAUUCAGACAAGUUCAUCCAAAGGUCUUGUUCACUGUCAAUCACGUCACAUACAAAAAGAAGCUUAUUGAUCAAACUGACAAAAUCAAUGAAAUUGUUAAAGAGCUCACAACUCUUCAAAUCGUUGUUGUCUCCGACACAUUCACCUCAGUCAAAUUUGACGGAACAAAAUACAACAACAGUGAUAAAUUCGUCUCACUAGAACAAUUCAAAACUCCAAUUGAUGAUGUGGUUCUCCCAUUUGUAUACACUCCAGUACCCUUCUCCGACCCACUAUUUGUUAUGUUCAGCUCCGGAACCACCGGAAUCCCAAAAGCUAUGGUGCACACUGUCGGUGGAACACUUCUGAAGCACAUUGAAGAACACUUGGUACAAGGAGACUCAAAGAAACAUGAUCGCAUGUUUUUCUACACCACAUGCGGCUGGAUGAUGUACAAUUGGAUGAUUUCAUUCCUCUAUUCCAAAGGUUCAGUUGUGUUGUUCGAUGAAUGCCCACUUGCCCCAGAUACUCAUAUUAUCAUGAAAAUUGCUGCGAAAACACAAUGCACCAUGAUCGGAAUGGGUGCCAAGCUGUAUGAUGAGUAUCUGAGACUCGAAAUUCCAUUUAAUGCCAUCUACGACCUGUCCAGAAUUCACACAGUCUAUUCGACGGGUUCUCCCCUGAAGAAAGAAUGCUUCGCAUACAUCAACACUUACAUUGCUCCAGGCGCACUGAUUGCAUCAAUUUCUGGUGGAACUGACAUCAUUGGUUGCUUUGUUGGAGGUAUCAAAUCGUUGUCAAUCACACCAGGAGAAUGUCAAUGCUUGUUCUUGGGAAUGGACAUUAAGUCUUUCAAUUAUAUGGAUGAGGAGAUUACAAAUUCUGAUGAACAAGGAGAACUCGUCUGCGUUACACCAUUUCCAUCCAUGCCAUCUCACUUCCUUAAUGACAUGGACGGCAAGAAGUAUCGCGAUGCCUAUUUUGCCCGUUUGGAACCAUUCUGGGCUCAUGGAGAUUUUGUUCGUGUCAACCAUUCCACUGGAGGAGUCGAGAUGUUGGGACGAAGUGAUGCCACUCUCAAUCGUGGUGGUGUUCGUAUUGGAACAGCUGAAAUCUACUCGGUUGUUGAGAAGAUUCCACAAAUUGCUGAUUGUAUUGUGGCCGGUAGAUUAGUCGAAGAGGGCAUGGACGAGGAAGUUCUGCUUUUUGUUAAAAUGGUUCCGGGUCAAGAGCUGACACACACUAUUCAAGCAGCAAUUGUUUCCAAACUUCGAAACGACAUGUCGCCACGACACGUGCCAAACAAGAUCUACGCUGUUGAUGAUAUUCCGUAUACAUCAAGCGGAAAGAAGGUGGAAGUGGCUGUAAAGCAAAUUGUAAGCGGAAAAGCUGUGCAGAAGGCAUCUUCCAUUCGCAACCCAGAAUCUCUCGACUAUUUUGUUCAAUACAGAUUGUAA